CGUAGGCUGGCAGCGCGUCACAGCAUCGCGAUGCCCCUCCAUUACCCCUCAUCACCCCCCACCAUCACCAAAACGCUCACCACACUACUCCUCCGGCAACCCCUCUUGUUCCCGCUACCACGCACACUGCUUUUACUACCCAGACUAGAUCUCCGAGCGAAGAUGAGUUACUCGGCAGGAAGCGAAUUAGCUAUGCCACUGAAGGGAAAGGGAAAGGGAAAGGGAAAGGAGAAGGCCGGGAAGGAGAAAAGAGGGUUCGAGUUGAAAGUUCCUAAAGGAACUAAGGACUGGGAGGGUAAGGAUAUGGUUAUUCGUGAUAAGAUAUUUUCUACCAUCACGGAUGUGUUUAAGCGUCAUGGGGCGGUUACUAUUGAUACUCCUGUUUUCGAACUCCGCGAAGUCCUCACGGGUAAAUACGGCGAAGACUCUAAGCUAAUCUACGACCUUGCGGAUCAGGGGGGGGAAAUCUGCUCCCUGCGUUACGACCUGACUGUCCCGUUCGCUCGCUGGCUCGCCAUGAACCCUACUAUCCAGAGCAUUAAACGCUACCACAUCGCCAAGGUAUACCGCCGUGAUCAGCCCGCUAUGACAAAAGGCCGGAUGAGGGAGUUCUACCAGUGUGAUUUCGAUAUCGCCGGCACCUACGAUCCUAUGCUCCCUGAUGCUGAGAUCCUGAGGAUAACUACGGAGAUCUUGGACAAUCUCGACUUGGGGAAUUAUACUAUCAAAAUUAAUCAUCGGAAGAUCCUCGAUGGGUUGUUUCAGGUCUGCGGUGUUCCGAUAGACAAGAUUCGGAGCAUCUCUAGCGCGGUGGAUAAACUGGAUAAGGCUACCUGGGAAGACGUGCGCAGAGAGAUGACGGAAGAGAAGGAAUUAGAUCCCGAAGUCGCCGACAGGAUCGGGGGAUACGUUCAGAAGAAGGGUGGGAGAGAGCUGCUGGACGAACUAUUAGAAGACGAAAACCUAACCAGCAACGAGGCUUUCGCCAGUGGUCUCAAAGACAUGGGCCUUCUGUUCGACUACCUUGAGGUUCUUCAUGUCAUGCCAAAACUCUCCUUCGACCUUUCCCUCGCUCGCGGACUAGACUACUACACCGGCAUAAUCUACGAAGUAGUGACAGAAGCCUCCGCCCCACCAGCCGGCAAAUCUGCCAAAUUGCGGCGGGCGCCUAAAUCGGACGAUCCAGACGCCGACCGUUCGAGUGACGACUCCAUUGGCAUCGGCUCGAUCGCUGCAGGCGGUAGAUACGACGAACUCGUCGGAAUGUUUGCCAACAGCGCCAAGGGCCGUGUUCCCUGCGUCGGUAUCUCCUUCGGUGUUGACCGCAUCUUCAGCAUUACAAAGGCACGCAUGACGGGCGAAGUCCGCGGUAAUGAAGUAGAGGUAUACGUUAUGGCGUUUGGCGGCAAAGGGUUCACAGGAUUACUCAAAGAGCGCAUGGAAGUUUGCAGAAUUCUUUGGGAUGCUGGUGUUAAGGCUGAAUUCAUGUACAAGAAUAAACCCAAACUCCCACACCAAUUCGCUGGCGCGGAGAAGAAUGGGGUCCCAUUCGCUGUCGUGCUUGGCGAGGAUGAGUUGAAGGAAGGCAAAGUCAAGAUCAAAGAGAUGGGACUACCAGAAGGUCAUCCUGAGAAGAAUGGUGUGGACAUUAACAUGGAUGGCCUAGUCGCUCAGAUCCGUAAGAGGCUUGCGAAGAAGGAGGGAGGGGCCGGGGCCGUGGGCAUUGAGGGGAAUUUGCGGUCGGUUGCCUUGGAGGAGAAGACUCCUGAGGUGUAGAUUAUCAGUGGGUGUGCGCUCUUCCCGGAAAUGACAUAUCCAACUCAAA